CCUACUUCCCGUUUCCGUGUCCUUUCCCAUAAGCCUCCGCGCUAGUUCCCAGCUCUUUCCUUUCCUCCCCGAGAAGUCGCUGCUGUUACAGCCGCCAUCAUGGGAGUUGAUAUUCGUCACAACAAGGACCGCAAGGUGCGGCGAAAGGAGCCAAAAAGCCAGGAUAUCUACCUAAAGCUCUUGGUUAAGCUCUACCGUUUCCUGGCCCGUCGUACUAACUCCAACUUCAACAAAGUGGUGCUGAGACGUCUUUUCAUGAGCCGCUCUAACAGGCCUCCCCUUUCUUUGGCACGUCUGAUUACUAAAAUGAGGUUGGCUGGACGUGAAAACAAAACUGCAGUGGUGGUUGGAUGCAUCACAGAUGAUGUUCGAAUCCAUGAAAUCCCCAAGCUUAAGGUUUGUGCCCUUAAAGUUUGCGGCGGUGCACGUAACCGUAUUCUGAAGGCUGGAGGUGAAAUCUUGACAUUUGACCAGCUGGCCCUUGCUGCCCCUAAAGGCCAGAACACGGUUCUGCUGUCAGGACCUCGCAAAGGCCGUGAAGUGUACAGACACUUUGGCAAAGCACCUGGUACACCACACAGUCACACCAAGCCUUACGUCCGCUCAAAGGGUAGAAAAUUUGAGCGUGCCAGAGGACGCAGAGCCAGCAGAGGAUACAAGAACUAAAAUCUAUCUAAGCUUUGUACACAAUAAACAGUUGCAGCAACUGCCAA